AUGUCCAGCUACCUGCAUCCCCCAAACACGUCUCUGUUCGUCAGGAACGUGGCCUACAAUACCAGGUCUGAAGAUUUACAGCAUGAAUUUGGUCGUUAUGGUCCUAUAGUUGAUGUGUAUGUUCCACUUGAUUUCUACACUCACCGUCCAAGAGGAUUUGCUUAUGUUCAAUUUGAGUAUGGUCGUGAUGCUGAAGAUGCUUUACAUAAUUUGGACAGAAAGUGGAUUUGUAAACAGCAGAUUGAAAUACAGUUUGCUCAGGGGGACUGGAAGACACCAAAUCAGAUGAAAGUCAAGGAAGGGAGGAAUGCGUAUAGUUCUUCACGCUAUGAUGAUUAUGACAGAUACAGACGUUCAAGAAGCCGAAGUCACAAAAGAAGGAGAUCAAGAAGUCGGUCUUUUGAUUACAACUAUAGAAGAUCGUAUAGUCCUAGAAAGCGUAGACCGACUGGAAGACCACGGCAUAGGAGAAGCCAUUCAGACAAUGAUAGAUUCAAGCACCGAAAUUGAUCUUUUUCAAAAUCUAAAUCCAAUUCAAGAUCACGGUCCAAGACCCAGCCCCCCCAAAAAAUGAAGGCUAAAUCACCUUCUAGGUCUGCA